AGUUAUUUGAUAUAGAGAUUUUGUUGAUUUGGGUACGUUGAGAUGCCUGGAAUUGUUGAAGAGGUUGUAUAUGAAUCGAAUGGAAAUUCCAUGCCUAAUAAGGAAAACCCAGCUCUAAAUGGAUUCCCAAAGGGUACCAUGAGUCAGCAAAGUCCUGGGAGUACAGGACCUGAUCGUCCAGUUGAUGGGGUGGUUGACACCUCAAUUGAGCAGCUUUAUGAGAAUGUGUGCGAUAUGCAGAGUUCUGAUCAGUCACCCUCAAGACGUAGUUUUCGAUCGGAUGGUGAGGAGUCUAGGAUUGAUUCGGAGUUACACCAUCUUGUUGGAGGAGAGAUGAGAGAGGUGGAGAUAAUGGAAGAGGAAGUGCUACAAAAGCCAGCGUAUGAUUCUCGUAGUGAUUCAAGUUUUAAGAAGGAAGCUUCGUCCUCGGAUAGAAAACCAGUAAAGAUGGAUAAAUCUGCAAGUACAAAAUCCACUUCUUCAGGGAACUCUAAGAAAGUUGCUCCCUUGCAGGUGGACGCUGAAACUUCAUCAAAACCAGAUGUGGCUGAAUCAGGAUUAAACAAUCCGGAUCUUGGGCCAUUUUUGCUUAAGCAAGCUAGGGAUUUGAUUUCUUCAGGGGAUAAUCCCCAGAAGGCUCUUGAAUUAGCUCUUCGAGCUGCAAAAUCGUUUGAAUUGUCUUCAAAUGGGAAACCCUGUUUAGAGCUAGUAAUGUGUUUGCAUGUUACAUCAGCAAUUUACUGUAGCUUAGGCCAGUACAGUGAGGCAAUUCCUGUUCUCGAGCGCUCAAUUGAGAUUUCAGCUAUUGAGGAAGACCAAAAUCAUGCCCUUGCUAAAUUUGCUGGCCACAUGCAGUUGGGUGAUACUUAUGCUAUGCUGGGCCAACUUGAGAAUUCAAUUAUGCAUUACACAAGUGGAUUGGAAAUCCAAAGACAAGUUUUGGGAGAAACAGAUGUAAGAGUGGGUGAGACUUGUCGGUAUCUGGCUGAAGCUCAUGUUCAAGCACUGCAAUUUGAUGAGGCUCAGAGGCUUUGCCAGAUGUCUCUUGACAGUCAUAAAGAGAAUGGUUCCCCAGCUUCUCUGGAAGAGGCAGCAGAUAGGAGACUGAUGGGUCUUAUAUGUGAAACGAAGGGUGAUCAUGAAGCUGCUCUUGAGCACCUUGUUUUAGCCAGCAUGGCUAUGGUUGCAAAUGGCCAGGAAGUGGAGGUGGCUUCUGUCGAUUGCAGCAUUGGAGACACGUACUUAUCUUUGUCUCGGUAUGAUGAAGCUACUUUUGCUUAUCAGAAGGCACUGACAGUGUUCAAGACCGCCAAAGGAGAGAACCAUCCAUCUGUUGGUUCAGUCUUUAUCCGUCUGGCUGAUUUGUAUAACAGGACCGGGAAAGUUAGAGAAUCAAAAUCAUACUGUGAGAAUGCCCUUAGAAUUUAUGAAAAGCCCAUGCCUGGAGUCCCUCCUGAGGAGAUGGCAAGCGGUCUCACAGAUGUCUCUGCUAUAUAUGAAUCAAUGAAUGACCUUGAGCAGGCAGUCAAGUUGCUACAGAAGGCGUUAAAAAUAUACAAUGAUGCCCCUGGUCAGCAAAGCACAAUUGCCGGGAUUGAAGCUCAAAUGGGGGUCAUGUACUACAUGUUGGGGAAUUAUUCGGAGUCUUACGACUCCUUUAAAAGUGCGAUUUCAAAGCUCCGUGCAACUGGAGAGAAGAAAACUGCCUUUUUCGGAAUUGUUCUUAACCAAAUGGGCCUUGCUUGUGUACAACGUUAUUCCAUAAAUGAGGCUCAAGAAUUCUUUGAAGAAGCCAGGACUGUCUUGGAACAUGAGUGUGGGCGGUAUCACCCUGAUACACUUGGGGUUUAUAGCAAUCUUGCGGGCACUUAUGAUGCAACUGGCAGGUUGGAGGAUGCAAUCGAAAUCUUGGAGUACGUCGUUGAGAUGAGAGAAGAAAAACUUGGGACAGCUAAUCCUGAUGUAGAUGAUGAGAAAAGAAGGUUGGCUGAGUUAUUGAAAGAAGCAGGCAGAGUUCGGAGCAGAAAAGCCAGAUCACUAGAGAACCUCCUUGAUGCCAACUCCCACAGUAUAAGCAAUGAUGGUGUUAAGGUAUGAAAAGAACGGCAAUAUUUGGGAAACAGGAUGUAAUAUAGGACAUAUUUAAGAAGAAAAAGAUAGAAUAACCCAAGAAUGAAGACGAAACAGUCGUUGGGUGUGUUGAUAAGAUUCUUGUUGUGUAGGGUGCAUGAAAUAAACUGAGGCUGGGGUUUUGGUUAUAUUAUUAACUUAUAAUAUACUGUAUUGGCCGAAGUUUAUAUUAUUUUGUGUCACACUAUUUAUGUAAUUGGAUGUACCAAGAUUGGUACCAAAUUCAUCAUCAUUUGUAAUACGACAUUCAAGAAUCAUAGAUUUGUUUAACACUGCUACAGUCUGAAGAUUUAUCUUUUGACGUAACCAAUUAUUCAGGAUCUAUGAUGACAUAAAAUUUGGGACCCCA